AUGGACAUGCACACCGACAACGACGGCGCGGCCCUCGACAACAACGACGGGGUCGCGGCCGCCCUCUCCUAUCCGGCGUGCCUCGAUCUCUCGCUCGACGAGUUCAAGGCGGCGUGGAAGUCGAGUCGGCGGUACGUGGAUCGCUCCACCGUGCAGGCGCUCAAGGAGGCUGCGCGUGCGAGGUUGGACAUGUCGCUCGACGAGCUCAUCGCGCUGGGCAAGCCCACGCAGAGCGGCCUGCAUCCGCGCCGCCGCCCGCCGACGCUGCGCGAGCUCAUGUCGGGCAAGGUGAGCCUCGGGCGCGACCACCACUCGCGCCCGAGCCCGCCGACGCUCGCCUCGAUAGCCCGACACUCCUCGCUGGCCCGCGCUCGUGGGCUGGCCAGCGCCGGCUCCGCGAGCAGCUGGCCGACCGCCGGCACGUGGGCGCUCGGCGAUGUGCUCGGCGACGAGGACCGGCGGCACGAGUUCAAGCGCGGCAACCUGCUCGCCUCCUGCCCGCGGGGCAGAGCCAAGUACGAGGCGUGCGUAUGCGGCUUUGCCAACGGCGGAGGCGGGCGGCUCUACCUCGGCGUCGACAACGACGGAGCGGUGGCCGGCCUCUCCCUCUCCAAGAGAGACAGGGACGCGCUGCGACUGACGCACGACGGCAUCGUCGCGCGGACCGACCCGCCGCUGCGAGGAGGCCUCGCCGGCAAGUGGUGGCUCCGCGCAGAGGGAGGCGUGCGCCAGCUCUCGGUUGUGCUCAAGCACGAGGAGCAGCAGCGGCGAAAGGCGCGGCAAGGCCGCCAGUGGAAGCGGGGCCGCGGCCGCGGCACCUCCUCCUCCUCCCAGUCGGGCGCCAAACAGAGAGGCAGCGAACGGCCCGCGCCCGACUCGCCGUCCGACGCGGGGAGCGACCACGGGCCGCGCACGCGCAAGCGCGUCGUGCGGCGGCCCCCGACGGUGCCCGAAGACGCACUCCUCGGUUAG